CAGCAGUCAGGACCUGGCUGGAGGAGCGCGCAGCAGUCAGGACCUGGCUGGAGGAGCGCGCAGCAGCCAGGACCUGGCUGGAGGAGCGCGCAGCUGCAGGGAUCCGGAGAUCUGAGCAGCUGUCAGGACCCGGACGUUCGAGCUCUUCCGAGCCCCGCCCUGCGCGCGCGCGCGCGUCCCCGGCGCUGGCGUAGUGUGCGCCUGAGCCGUCGCUUGCAGCUCGUUUUCGGCGGUGCGCUCCGGCCGUUCCCAGGCCCUUCUGCCCUCUCUCCGCCCGCAGCCAUGGCGCUCCCCGCCGAGGCCGUGUGCGCCCUGUGCCAGCGCGCGCCCCGGGAGCCGGUGCGCGCCGACUGCGGCCACCGCUUUUGCCGGGCGUGCGUGGUGCGCUUCUGGGCAGAGGAGGACGGGCCGUUCCCGUGCCCGGAGUGCGCCGACGACUGCUGGCAGCGCGCUGUGGAGCCCAGCCGCCCGCCGCUCAGCCGCCGCUUGCUGGCGCUGGAGGAGGCGGCCGCGGCGCCCGCGCGCGACGGCCCGGCCAGCGAGGCGGCGCUGCAGCUUCUGUGCCGGGAAGACGGGGACCCGCUGUGCGCCGCCUGCCGCACGGCCGCGGGCCCGGAGCCGCCGGAGUGGGAGCCGCGUUGGAGGAAGGCCCUACGCGGCAAGGAGAACAAGGGGUCAGUGGAAAUCAUGAGGAAGGACUUAAAUGAUGCCCGGGACCUGCAUGGCCAGGCAGAGUCGGCUGCUGCUGUGUGGAAGGGACAUGUGAUGGACCGCAGAAAGAAGGCCUUGACCGACUACAAGAAGCUGCGGGCCUUCUUUGCCGAGGAAGAGGAGCACUUUCUGCGAGAGGCUGAGAAGGAUGAGGGAGCCCCAGAGGAUGAAGAGCUGGUUGACCCAGCCGAGCGGUUCCGGUCCCUGCUGCAGGCUGUGUCGGAACUGGAGAAGAAGCACCGCAACCUGGGCCUGAGCAUGCUGCUGCAGGGCAUGAGUCGAGCAAAUCAGGCUGUCUCCAGAUUAUGAUACGAGAGUGGACCCUGGAAACCCAGGAUGACAGUAGAGUUUUCCAACUUGGUUAUUACUGCCAUGCAAAAAUAAUCAACUGUACAUUUUGGGCAGUUGGAACAGAGAAGAAAAAUCUUCCUACGUGGCAUGGCUGUCUGUCUGAGGAUUGAAGAUACAGAUGCUGGCAAUGAGAGAUAAGGGAGGGGUGAAGAUGAAAGGAGGUGCCAUGGGAGGGUGGCAGCAAAGCCAGCAUGGGCACCAGGAGCCCCAAGGAGAAGAUAUAAACUACCAGCGCUAGGACCCCAGCCAAAUACAAGUGCUGGGGAAUUCAGAUAAAGUUCUUUGGUUAUUGAGACCUUCAGAAGCCAAGUUGGGUCCCCCUCCUUGCAGAAAAUUAUGGUGACGGUAGUGGAAUGGCCCAAUUCUGGCACUGCCCCUGGAGACUUUUGUCCAGACAUUCAGGCCAACCCCCUUCCACCCUCUUCCCUGGCCCCCAUGACUGUAGGGUCCUGGAAGUCUGUUCUCCCUGGAAGCCUCCUUGGGCCAUUCAGAACUGUCCCCUUGAUUCCCUGCACCUGAGAACUAUGCUCUGCUCUUAGUCUCCUCUCACUGACCCAAAAGUUUGGGAAUGUUCUUAAACAAUGCAAAGGAGCUUAUAGGGAAGGGCUACUCUGUCUCCUUGCUGAGUAGAGAGCUUGGUUUCAUUCAGUAUAUGUGCACAGGACUCCUUUGUGCUUUGUGCCCAGGACCACUAAGAAAAUCCUACCCAAGUGCUCCCCAGCAUCCCUGCUGAGAUCAGGGACUCCUCCCUUCUGGUAAGCAAAUUGUGCAAUGUAUAAAUGUAAGGAAGAUGCCUGUCCUUUUACAGUGUCCCGGGAAUUGCUUUAACUAAGGAAAUGGUGCCAUCUGAAACUCACCUCCCUUAUUCUUGUCAGUAAGGAAGAAGAAAAAAUUUAAAUCUUUUAUGUAUUUAAUUAUGGGGGCGGGGGAAAAGAGGCAGAUAGAGAGAGAAUGGGCAUGCCAGGUCCUCCAGCCAUUGAAAA